AUGGUGGAUCAAAUGGAUGGGCGACUUUUGGAUGAUGCCACGCCACAGUUCAAGCCACCACUUCCAAAUUUGCGGGCACUGGCUGCCGACGGCGUGUACUUUCCCCAGGCAUAUUCAUCAUCUCCUCAGUGCGUGCCUGCCCGAUCUUCAAUGUUGGCUGGACGCUACCCGUCGCAGAUCAAGGUUUGGGACAACUGGGUCGGCAUUGCCAGCGUGAACGGUAGCUUGGACAACAUCGAUUCGCACUGUGCCAAGACCUUUUCGGAAGAGACGUGUCGCAGAUUUGCCAUUGAGCAGAAGGUGAACGGCACUUUCAUUGAUGCGUUGGCCACAUCGGGAUACAAUGUCACUCUGUGGGGCAAGAUGCACGCAGGCGCAGGGCUUCACCGCUACUCGGGAAAGAUCGAUGCUUGGCCUUGGGGUGGGAAACGCCUUCCGAAGGCAGCCAUGGAAUGGACAAGGGCCCUUGGCCUUACACCCGCCCAAGAGGUGCCAGGCCUCCCGACGGAGGAUGAUUUGCAACGGCCGGCGACGGGGCUUCUCGACUAUGCAGCCAGCCGAAGCUGCACGGAGCUCCUCGAUUCCGGUCUCUUCAAGUCGUCCACACCGCAAUUUCUUUAUUGCUCACUCCUGGUGCCUCACAGUCCGUUCUGGACCAAUGCAACGUACCUGGCCCAGGUGCCUGACCUGGGGAACUACAGCUUGCCGCAGUGGCCUCCCAAGCUGGAGGUGCAUCCGGCAGACGAAUAUACCUCCAGAGCCAAAAAACUUUGGCGCCUGGAUGAGACUUCACCUGAAAAGGUGGCGCACCUUCGAAAGGUUUACUUCUCUAUGUGCAUAGAGGCAGAUCAGCUCCUCGGAAGCAUCAUUGAUGCCUUCAGACGCAGCAGCAGCUUCGAUGAUGCUUAUGUCAUAAUGCUUGGAGACCAUGGUGAACACGCAACAGAGAAUCGCAUGCUUGGUAAGAACUCUUUUUUCGAGGCAGCAGCGCGGGUGCCACUCAUGAUGGCUGGUCCAGGCAUUGCAAAAGGCCAGGUCAUCCAGGAUCUCACCUCACUUUAUGAUAUCUUUCCAACUGUUUUGGAUAUGGCUGGCGUUGAGCCAUCGAUUCAGCCGGUGGGAGAGUCCCUCCUGCCCGUGGCCAAAGAACAUCAGAAGAAGAAGAAGAAGAAGGAUUUCGUUGUGGCUGAGUACCAUUCCGUGUUUUCCGCUACGGGCAGCUUCAUGGUCCGCCAGGGGCACUUCAAGUUGAUUGCAUACGCGCCGCUAAUGCCGGGCUCAGCUGCUUGGCCACCGCAGCUCUUUGACCUGCAUGCGGAUCCGUGGGAGAAGCACAACAUUGCAUCGAAGUCACCGUCGGAUGUCCAAAGGCUCAUGGAGCUGCUCGACCAAGAGCUUGACAUGAAAGCAGCAGAUGCGGCCAAGAAGAUGUUUGACAAAGAGAUGUUCUCACACUUCUGGUACCACGCAACAGGCAGUGCGCAGCAUUGCUUCAACGCCAUGCGCAGAGUCUACGCGUCUUUCUCAGCAGCUGAUGCCCAGAAGUUGGCGCAAUGGCUCGGGAAGCCUUGCCCAGUACGCUAUCUGCGCAUAGCAGAGAGGCACAAGUCCUACAACCCAUGCAGAUGGGUCAGGGCGAAGGACGUUAGCAAGCUGAACUUGAGCCACGGCUCUGCUCAGAGUGCCAACCCCAUCACCAAAACGGUAGAGUUGGGCCUCGUGGACGAUGAGGACGUGGAAUCGGAGGGCUCCGCCAAGAAUCUGCCAAGGCUAGUUGGCGAGCUUCCCUCCGAUCGCCAAGCCCGCCGUCGUGCUUUGGAGAGCCGGCUGCGCAUCGCUCAUGCCAAGGUGGCAGCGCUCACGCAGCGGCCUCUGGCACACGGCAGGUGCUCCAUUUUUGGUCUGUGUGUGCUGGCCAUGAUUCGAAGCGCAGCCGCGUACCAGGGAAAUAUCCCUGGCUAUUCUGUUUAUGCGAUGCAUUUUCUGACGACCUCGUCCGACAUGAUUUGCGUCCUGUGCAGCCUGCCGCUGUUUGCGCUUGGCACACGAGGUCUUUGCGUCCAGAAAGGCUGCCUUGGCCCGAUGCUGACAUUGGUGUUUGCAAUGUCCCUCGUCGAUCUCAGUGCUUUCGGCGCGUGCGACAGCUUUGACAGCUGUACUAGUAGUAAGAGAAUCGUGAAACCGCACAAAAGCAGAAGAUCGCUAUUCAUUCGGCUAUUCCGACUAUAA